AUAUGGGCUUCUUCUUUCCUGGGCUGUGAGUCUACUUAUGUUUCUGUGGUAGCUCAUAAUCAUACAUAUCGCACUUAUCAGUCGUCCCGAACUUGAACAAAUUUCGGAGUAAUUCUAUAAUAUUUGCAUCUCGAUUUACGUAACCGACAACAAAACAAUGCCUCAGUCAAAAAGUCCCAAUUAUCUUGGUCCAAUGGGUACUGAUGCAAGCAAGAGCCGACGGGAACGAAAUAGAGAAGCACAGCAACAGUUUCGGAAACGAAGACAGGCUGCUGAAGCGGCGCGGGUGCAGCGACUUAAGCGACUCGAGGGGGUAGUUGAGAGAAUGAGUACGGUGAUUGUGGGCUUUGCGGAUAAAAUGCUGCAAGAGGAAGUGUUGAAACAAUAUCCCGCCUUGGCGGCCGAUGUGCAGGAUGUUAUUACACAGGUUCUUGGCUUGGCGAAUGAAGCGGGAGAGCCCGAGGAGAGGAAUUCGAGUGAGCGACAUGAAGGGAAAUCGCCUAGUUACGGGGACAACGACUCGGAUGGACGACGAGAUUCACGAGAUUCGGCAAGUCCGUCAGGGUCACAGGCCUUACCUAUUGACGUCCCCUUACCUUCGGAUCAACACGAUAUGUUCGUAGCACGUUCCUCGCCAGAGUACAGCCAGCUCAGCGGCACGCCUCAGAUCGCAUAUCCAACAAUGCAAGACCCGGAAUUCUACUCUCAACUGUCCUAUUUACCGCAGCCUUCUAUCGCACACUCGCUAGGUCCUGCUCUAUGGAAUUCACCAAAGCCUCUAUCCCCGACAACUCUUAGCUAUCGCCUCACAGAGUCGUGCUUCAAUGUAGGUCAUCGUUCCUGAAUAAGCACACUAAUUAAUUAUUUUGUUUCUUAGACGAAGCUUGCGUAUCUCGGCCCACAGUACGAUUCAACUAGCAAGAUAUUAUGAUGUUCAGGAUACAA